AUGGAGUGGUCGAUUUCUCUGGGGAUUGGUAAAUUUCAUGCUAUGACAUAGCCACUACACUGACUCGUGUUUUACCACCUCAAAUUGCUUUGAUUGCAGUUCUCGCCUCUUUGAUUGUCUCAUUGUCCUUAUUUGUUCAAUGCUGUAAGAAGAAGUCCAACUGCAAUUCCUCGCUCAGCAAAAAGGCGCCCAUUAGCAAACCCAAAGAGCCUCCGGCAAGCGUUAUGAUCAAAACAGAGGUCAGUUAUUCCUUACUUAGCAUUGUUGUAGUUGCCCAUUUAAGAUGACUCAAGAAGAAACGGAGAAGACUCAGGAAAACUCGAUCAAGCAGUAA